GACCCAAAGUUUUGCUUGUUUAAAUUUCACCACUCGCGUAACAGUUAUGAAUUUAAAUAAUGACAAUAAGUAUUUUUUUAAAGUAAUUUGCUGAGGAGAACCAAAAUAACAUAACAACAGGGAGCUAUAGGUAAGAUUCCCAGAUAUUUUACUACCGCCUCAGUCGUUAGUUGUCUAUUGCUUGGACCAAAAUAUCUACUAUUCCUAUCCGGAGAAGUGCACUGCCCAAGCUAUCCUUCUUCCGUUCUUAUCUUUAAUCCCUUAGGGGCCAAGCUUCCCUCGGCUGAUCUUUAUCUGCUCCCAAGUCCCAACAGUGUAGAAGUACACUAUAAAUACACCUCCCGUUGGAGCAUCUCUGCCAUCUCACCAUCAAGCUAGCCUCUCUCCAUUUCUUUCGGUUCCAUCCAUAGGGAAAGCUCUGCUUCUGCUCCUGGGAUUAGACAACAAUAUUCGUUCUUAGAAGAUAGAAGAAGGAAGCUGUGUGGAAAUAUUUUAAGGUGUUCUAGAGAGGGCGAUCAGAGGUCCAGGAGCGGCACAAGUUUAAUCAACGAGGAGACUCAAGAUGGAUGAUGGGAACAUAAACAAUGUGAAUGGUGCUAGCAAUAGCUACUCGGGGGAUGUGAUCCGUAAUGUAGAUGGACAAGACCAUCUAGCCCAUUUGCUUGCUGAUAUUAUUGAAAAGCAAGAAAGAACCCAACAAAGGCAAAUGCAAAUAGUAGAAGACAUUGCGAGGAGUGAUGUGAAACGUAAUAGACUUGGAGAUUUUCAAAAGUUAAGGCCUCCAACUUUUCUUGGUACAUCUAAUCCUUUGGAAGCUGAAGAUUGGAUUAUUGCCAUGGAAAAAGCCUUCGAUGCAAUGGGUUGUACUGACAAUGAGAGAGUUUCCUUCGCAACGUACAUGCUACAGUCUAGUGCAUUCGAGUGGUGGGAUGCUCAUAGGAAGUCUUACGAGCAAGAUGUUCAAAUUACAUGGAAGUUAUUUAAGGAAGCUUUCUAUCAAAAGUAUUUUCCAGAAAGUGUUAAAAGGAUAAAAGAGAAGGAAUUCCUUGAAUUAAAACAAGGGCACAAAUCAGUUUCAGAUUAUGAAAUUGAGUUUUCUAGACUUGCUCGAUUUUCCCCUGCUUUUGUUCAAACUGAUAGUUCGAAGGCCCGACGGUUUGAGAGUGGAUUACGCCAACCUCUUAAACGACGUGUCGAAGCUUUUGAGUUGAACUCUUUCAGGGAGGUUGUGAACAAAUCUCAACUCUUAGAAAAAGGUUACCAUGACGAAGUGGAGGAGGUGCAACAAAAAUCAAAGAAGCCCAAAUUCAAUAUGCAUCAACCUCAGGAGGACUUUCAAGAAGAAGUGAGGUUUUCAAUGUCUACGGGUGAAGUUUCUAAUGCCCGAGAGACACCAUGUCCUAUUUGCAAUAGAGAUCACCCUCCUCAUUUUUGUCCAUACCGCUGGGGAAGAUGCUACAAAUGCGGACAAGCUGGGCACACUCAAAAUCGGUGUCCAUCUUUGAAGCUGAAUAGCCCUAUAGCUCAAGUCGCUCCAUCAAAACCAGCAUUAUUGCCGGCCCCUGCACAACCUUUGUAUUUGACUGGACCCACUCUGCUAAAUAAUUCAUCAUGUCAAGCUCCAGCGCCAAAUAAGGUUCCUCACGGACAACCAAAUAAGGGAGAGAAAAAUCUUGGAAGAAAUCAUGCCCAAGUCUAUAAUAUAAUCAAGACUAACAAAGAGGAGCCUGAUAAAGAAGUACCAGGUCCAGGAGCGGCACAAGUUUAAUCAACGAGGAGACUCAAGAUCAAUUUUAGGAUCAAGUGGCGACGGCUGAAAAUCCAUAUGACGACAUAUAGCGUAGAAGUGGAGCGAGAUAUUAAUAGAAGAAAAUAUCACUAGUGUUGUAAUAAAUAAGUUGUACUUGUAAUAUUUGAUAAUGAAUAAAGUGGAGACUUGCUUGGCA